AUGGCGCAAACAAAAGCACAUCUCAAGAAAAGGCAAGUGGUAACCUUCAUUCUAUUGAUGCUUUUGUGGGAGGUGGGUUCAGAAUCCAUACAGUAUUCUGUAUUGGAGGAGACAGAGAGUGGUGCAUUUGUGGCCAACUUGACAAAGGAUCUGGGACUCAGGACAGGAGAGCUGGCUGCGCGGGGAGCACGGGUUGUUUUCAAGGGGAACAGACAGCAUUUGCAGCUCGACCCGCAGACCUAUGAUUUACUGCUAAAUGAAAAACUGGACCGGGAGGAGCUGUGCGGCGCCACUGAGCCGUGCUUGCUACCCUUCCAGGUGUUGCUGGAAAAUCCCUUGCAGUUUUUCCAGGCUGCGUUGCAAGUGGGGGAUAUAAAUGACCACGCCCCGGAGUUCGCGGCCAGAGAUAUGCUCCUAAAAAUACCAGAAAUCACUGCGCCAGGAAAGAUGUUUCCUUUGAAAAUGGCACAGGAUUUAGACGUGGGUAGCAACAGCCUUCAGAGCUACACAAUCAGCUCCAAUUCUCACUUCCACGUUCUCACCCGCAAUCGCAGCGACGGCAGGAAGUUCCCAGAGCUCGUGCUGGACAAAGCACUGGACCGUGAGCAGCAGCCUGAGCUCAGGCUGACCCUCACCGCGCUGGAUGGAGGAUCUCCGCCACGGUCAGGGACCAUAGAGAUUCACAUCUGUGUCUUGGACAGCAAUGACAACGCCCCAGAGUUUGCUCAGGAACUGUAUGAGGCGCAAGUCCCUGAAAACAACCCCCUGGGCUCCCUGGUUAUCGCCGUCUCAGCGAGAGAUUUAGAUGCAGGAUCCUUUGGAGAGGUAUCUUAUGCCCUGCUUCAAACCGACGACGUUGACCAACCCUUCGAUAUAAACGCAAUCACAGGCGAAAUUCGACUGAGAAAGACAUUGGAUUUUGAGGAAUUUCAAUCUUAUCACGUGGAUGUGGAGGCCACAGAUGGCGGGGGACUAUCAGGAAAAUGUUCCUUAGUCAUCAAGGUUCUGGACGUGAAUGACAAUGCCCCUGAAUUGGCCAUAUCGUCACUCAGUAGCCCCAUCCCUGAAAACCUGCCAGAGAUGAUAGUGGCAGUUUUCAGUGUAUCCGAUGCAGAUUCUGGACAUAACCAACAGAUUAUUUGUUCCAUAGAUGAUAAUCUCCCCUUUCUUCUAAGACCGUCGGUGGAGAAUUUCUACACCCUGGUCACAGAGAGACCGCUGGACAGAGAGAGCCAGGCCGAGUACAACAUCACCAUCACCGUCACCGACAUGGGGACCCCCAGGCUGAAAACCCAGCACAACAUCACCCUGCUGGUCUCCGACGUCAACGACAACGCCCCCGCCUUCACCCAGCCCUCCUACAGCCUGUCCCUCCGCGAGAACAACAGCCCCGCCCUGCACUUCGGCAGCGUCAGCGCCACAGACAGGGACGCGGGCGCCAACGCCCAGCUCACCUACUCGCUGCUGCCGCCCCGGGACCCGCGCCUGCCCCUGGCCUCGCUGGUGGCCAUCAACGCCGAUACCGGCCAGCUGUUCGCUCUGCGGGCGCUGGACUUCGAGGCGCUGCGUGCGUUCGAGUUCGGCGUGGGCGCCACGGACCGCGGGGCGCCCGCGCUGAGCAGCCAGGCGCUGGUGCGCGUGCAGGUGCUGGACGCCAACGACAACGCGCCCUCCGUGCUGUACCCGCCGCACAACGGCUCCGCGCCCUGCACCGAGCUGGUGCCCAGGGCGGCCGAGCCGGGCUACCUGGUGAGCAAGGUGGUGGCGGUGGACGCCGACUCGGGCCAGAACGCCUGGCUGUCGUUCCAGCUGCUCAGGGCCACGGAGCCCGGGCUGUUCGGCGUGUGGGCGCACAAUGGCGAGGUGCGCACGGCGCGGCCGCUGGGCGAGCGCGACGCGGCCAGGCACAGGCUGGUGGUGCUGGUCAGGGACCAUGGCGAGCCCGCGCUGUCCGCCAGCGUCACGCUGCACGUGCUGCUGGUGGACGGCUUCUCGCAGCCCUACCUGCCGCUGCCCGAGGCGGCGGCCGAGCAGGCGCGGGCGGAUCCGCUGACCGUGUACCUGGUGGUGGCGCUGGCGGCGGUGUCGUCGCUGUUCCUGUUCUCGGUGCUGGCGUUGGUGGCGGUGCGGCUGUGCAGGCGGAGCAGGGCGGCCUGGGCGGGUGGCUGCUCGGUGCCUGAGGGCCACCUUCCUGGCCACCUGGUGGACGUGAGCGGUACUGGGACCCUGUCCCAGAGCUACCAGUAUGAGGUGUGUCUGAGGGGAGGCUCAGGGGCCAGCGAGUUCAAGUUUCUGAAGCCGAUUCUCUCCAAUUUCCCUCCUGAAGAAACUUGGGAAGGAAAUGAAGGAAAACCCUACUUUUCGGAAUAG